GGCUCCGCCCAGAACWGUCACAUGUUUGAGACCAGGAGGUGCGUUCAUGUACAACACAGCGUAAGCCACUGCGUGACAAUCAUUCAGGCUGGCUUGAUAACUGUAACAAACACAGGCUCACCUCGCUGUCAGUCGAUGUGUAUCACCUGCUUCGGUCUGUGUUAAGCAACCGAACCGAGGGCACCGGUACCGCUCGUCCGCUUUGACAUCAACUCUCGGUUGUGCUUUAGAGCUAACAAGACAUUAGCAAGUGAUGAGCAGGGGCCUGUCUCCCCAAAAGCUCAGCUAAGCGGUUACCGACCGAGGACGCCGACAGCGACGAGAGACUCGACAUMCUGCCUGUGACCUGCCCCACGGCACCCAAGUCGUUCCGGACUCUGCCGGGUUCGUCGGACCGAGACUUUAUGCUAGUUUCCUGCGAGUUGGACGAACUAGCUCGGUAGCUAACCGUCUAGUCACAGCCCCUCUCUCUGGCGCAUUAUUUUGCAGCUUAAAAAAAAAGCAGCCGGCGGCAGGACACGCUCAGCCAUCCGGGUACUGGKAAUCUGCGAUGGGGCUGCUGUCACAAGGCUCUCCGCUGAACUGGGAAGAGACCAGGAAAUACGCCGACCACAUCCGAAAGCACGGCAUUAUCCAGUUCCUCAACAUCUACAACAAGGUGAAGGAGCGGCAGAAAGAUGUGCUGAAGUGGGGCGACGAGGUCGAGUACAUGUUGGUGGAACUGGACGACAAAGAUAAAAAGGUUCGACUCGUGCUGAACGGCAAAGAUGUUUUGGAAACUCUUCAGGAAAAAGGCGAAAAUAUAAACCCCAAUCAUCCCACGCUUUGGAGACCAGAAUAUGGCAGCUACAUGAUCGAGGGAACUCCAGGGCAGCCGUACGGUGGGACGAUGUCGGAGUUCAACACUGUGGAGAGCAACAUGAGGAAGAGACGUCAGGAGGCGUCAUCGGUCCUGAACCAGAAUGAGACCCUCUGCACCAUCACCUCAUUUCCAAGGUUAGGUUGCCCAGGUUUCACCCAACCAGAGUAUCGGCCGACUCCUGUUGAAAAAGGAGUUUCAAAGUCGCUGUUUUUCCCUGAUGAAGCCAUCAACAGACACCCAAGAUUCAGCACUCUCACAAGAAACAUACGGCAUCGACGAGGCGAGAAAGUUGUUAUAAAUGUGCCAAUCUUCCCAGAUGAGCGCACACCUUCUCCGUUUGUGGAGAAUUUCCCCGAGGACGACGGCGAAGCAGCGAGAGCGGCUCUGCCCGACCACAUCUACAUGGACAGCAUGGGCUUCGGCAUGGGCAACUGCUGCCUGCAGGUGACAUUCCAGGCGUGCAGCAUCAAUGAGGCGAGGUAUCUCUAUGACCAACUAGCAACAUUUUGCCCCAUUGUGAUGGCCUUGAGUGCAGCCUCUCCUUUCUACAGAGGCUACGUGUCGGACAUCGACUGCCGCUGGGGAGUUAUUUCUGCCUCAGUGGACGACAGGACUCCAGAGGAACGUGGACUGAAGCCGUUGAAGAACAACAAAUACAGGAUUUUCAAGUCCAGAUAUGACUCGAUUGACAGCUACUUGUCCUGCUGUGGUGAGAAGUACAACGAUAUUGAUUUGACGAUAGACGAGGAUAUCUACAAGCAGCUGCUCGGUGCAGGGAUCGACAAACUUCUGGCUCAGCACAUAGCUCACCUCUUCAUACGAGACCCGCUCUCUGUCUUUGAGGAGAAAAUACAUUUGGAUGAUGAAAAUGAAUCGGAUCACUUUGAGAAUCUUCAAUCGACCAAUUGGCAGACAAUGCGGUUUAAACCCCCGCCUCCGAACUCUGAGAUUGGGUGGAGAGUUGAGUUUCGCCCCAUGGAGGUGCAGCUAACGGACUUUGAGAAUGCUGCGUAUGUAGUAUUUGUGGUCCUGCUUACCAGAGUGAUCCUGUCUUACAAACUGGACUUCCUAAUCCCUUUAUCAAAGGUUGAUGAGAACAUGAAGAUGGCACAGAAGAGAAAUGCCGUCAUGGAGGGCAUGUUUUACUUCAGGAAAGACAUCUUUAAAGGCUGCAACCCGGUCCUUGACGGCGCUGCUUCUUCUUCUUCUUCUUCUGCUUCUGCUUCUGCUCAGAAUGGCUUGGAGACUGGUUGUGGAAACGAGGAGUACACUUUGAUGAGUAUUGACACAAUCAUCAAUGGAAAGGAGGGAGUAUUUCAGGGGCUUAUCCCAAUCCUUAACUGCUAUUUGGAAAACAUGGAAGUGGACGUGGACACCAGAUGCACCAUUUUGAAUUAUUUAAAGCUCAUCAAGAAGCGUGCCUCAGGCGAACUGAUGACCAUGGCCAAGUGGAUGAGGGAGUUUGUCUCAAAGCAUCCAGAAUAUAAGCAGGACAGCGUCAUAACCGACAAGAUCAACUACGACCUGUUCAAGAAGUGUGACCGGAUUGCAAAAGGCGAAGAGCAAUGCCCCGAGCUUUUUGGGAACCCAGUUAACAGGGUGGAAUAAGAGGUGCUACAGAAAGGCAUUAUCAUUUUGUUUGUUUUUUAUUAGCRUGUAAGACAAAGACCAAACGAAAGCGGUCCAAUCAUGAGAGAACGCAGCAGCUCGUGUGUGUUGUGAAGAAACACACCUGCAUUGAAUAAAUGUACAUACACCGGAUGAGAUUUUUAUGAUCACAGAAUUAUUUUAAUAGGAUGUAUGAAAGGGUUACGUAAUAGAAAAUCAGAUCUGUAUUUAUUUUUGUCUGAAAAUAAAACAUAUCUGUGUGAAAUUGUAAAUGUAGCAGAGAUGUACAGUAGGCUGCUUUUAAUCUGUAAGUACUAUACCUUCUGAGCUUUAAAACAUUAACUUUUGCCUUUUGCUGAGAAGAACUUUCAAAUUUGAUUAAAAUUCCUUUUUUUUUUUUUUCAUUUAAGGAAUGUUUGCUAACAUUGUAGUGGGACCUUAACAUUAGCGUUGCAUUCAUUUGGAAAUAGUGAAACUGUUUCUAAAGUGAUGCAUUUUGAAAAAUAAAACUGUAAAGAUCACAAGGAAUUUGUGUGAUCGAUGUGGCACAGUCCACAUAAAAAUGCAUUCUCCAGCAAAUGUUCAGAAUAUAUAUAACUUGUUUUAGUGACGUCCAUGCUAGUUUUCUUUCCUGUAUUCAGUUAACUGCCUCUUUGUGGGCUGGAAGAGAGAAAAAGUGCUGGCUGUGGAUCGUUUCCAACACCUUGUUGAAUCUGCAAAAUCAAAAAAAUGUUCAACCCAGCAAAGUUUAAUUAAUAAAGUGGCUGGUAAUGAAACUGAACAAACCAACCUAGACCCAAAUAAAACUUGA